AUGCCGUGCUUCAAUCGCGAGCCCAAGGUGCCUGCGCGCCGAAUGGUUUAUGUAGGCGAUGCGGAACGCAACGCAGAGAUGGGCUUCCCCAACAACAAGGUGGUCACCGCCCAGUACACGGUGCUCAACUUUCUGCCCGUCAACCUCUUUGCUCAGUUCCAUCGAGUGGCCAACCUCUACUUUCUGCUCAUUGCCCUGUUGCAGCAGAUUCCGGGCGCAUCGCCGCUCGGGCAAGGGACGACGGCCAUGACCCUUGUCGUCGUCCUCACCUUUACCGCCAUCAAGGACGCGUGGGAGGACUACAAGCGCCACCGCUCCGACGCCGAAGUCAACUCGCGGCCGAUCCUCGUCCUCCGCGACGGCUUCAACGCCCCACGGCCGAUCAUCUCGCGGGACGUUGCUGUCGGCGACAUUGUCCGCAUCGAGGACAACCAGUUUUUCCCGGCUGACCUACUCCUGCUCUCCACCUCGGAGCCGGCCGGCAUGUGCUACAUCGAGACGCGCAACCUCGACGGCGAGACCAAUCUCAAGGAGCGUCUGGCGAUGCGCUCGACGCGCGAUGUGCUCGAUUCUGCGCCCAAACUGCUAGGCCUCCGUGGUGAGCUCGAGUGCGAGGGCCCCAACAACCGCAUCGACUCUUUUGACGGCUCGCUGACCCUCGCCGGCGGCGAGUCGCAGCGGAUUGACCCCAAAAACGUCCUACUCACCGGCUGCCAGCUCAAGUACACCAAGUGGAUCUACGCCAUGGUCAUCUACACCGGAAAGCACACCAAGCUCCAGAUGCAGACCGCCAACGAGAAGAAGAUCAAGAAGACUUCGGACAUCGAAAAGGUGACCAACCGGCUCAUCAUCCUUAUUUUCGCGCUCCAGAUUCUCAUGUGCAUUGUCUCGGCCGCCGGCUACGGCAUCUGGAUCCGCGACCACCAGGACACCGCCAUGUAUCUGCACAUGGGCGACCUUGUGCCGGCUGCCCAGGGCGCGUUCUCUGUCCUCACCUUCCUCAUCCUCUACUCCAACCUCAUCCCCAUCUCCCUCUACGUGUCGAUGGAGACCGUCAAGGUUGGCCAGGCCGAGUGGAUCAACCAGGACCUCGAGAUGUUCUACGAGGCCGACAACAUCCCCGCAAAGUGCCGAACCUCGGCUCUCAACGAGGAGCUCGGCCAGGUUGAGUACAUCUUCUCCGACAAGACCGGCACCCUCACCUGCAAUAACCUUGUUUUCGUCAAGGCCUCCAUCGGCGGCAAGGCAUACGGCGCGGGCACAACUGACUUUGCCGCCAUAGGAGCUCGCAAAAUCCGGAAGUUUGUCUCCGAGGGAUCGCUCGGCACCGUCAAGACCUCUGUGGGCGGUGGCGGCGGCGCAGGCCAUGGCCAGCACCACCACCGCCGCGGCGGUGGCGCUGAUGAAGCCUACUCGGAGUACUCGUACCUCGGCGACGAGCAGCAGGAGGAAGAGGAGGAGUCCGGCCGCGGUGCCGGUGCCACGGCCCGCGACGACGCCGACUCUUACGAACUCGAGAGCUACUCGUACUCGUAUUCAGAGUCGUUCUACACCUACUCGUACUCAGACCCGGCCGGCGGCCCGUCCGCCCGCAAGCCGCCGCGCGGCCCGCAAACCGUCCAAGUUGCACUCAAGGGCGCGCCGCCGAAGCGGAGCCGGAGCUCGGCCGGGCGGCUUGCCCGCCUCACCAAGGGCGGGCCCGAGCUGGAGGACACACCACUUUUCAAGGGUCUCGCUGUCCCGCACUGCGAGUUUGUUGACGAGGGUAACGCCAUGGUGACUGACCUCCGCGCCCAGGGCUACACUGCGGCCGACAUCGAGCUAUUCUUCCUCAACUGUGCCCUCAACCACACCGUCAUUCCGCGUGCCGACACCGAGUCAUCUACCGGCGUCUCAUACCAGGCCGGCUCGCCCGACGAGGGCGCACUUGUCUACACCGCCGCAAACUUUGGCUACCUCUUCCACUCGCGGACGCCCGACACGUACACCGUCUCGGUCAUGGGCCGCGAUGUGACGUUUGACAUGCUCAACUUCAACUUUUUCGACAACACCCGCAAGCGGAUGUCGGUCGUGGUGGGCAUGCCCGAUGGAACCAAGGUGUUGUUUGUCAAGGGCGCCGACUCGUUUGUCCUCCCGCUCCUCGACGAGGACGACGCUGAGAACAUGCGCAAGAAGGACAUGACCGAUGAGCAUCUCACCCUCUUUGCCGCCAAGGGCCUCCGCACACUGGUCCUCGCCUACAAGGUUCUUGACGAGGAAGCGUAUGAGGCGUACAACGCCAUCUACAACGAGGCCAAUGAGAUGCCCGGCGGACCCAAGGGCUCGCAAGGCUACAAGGAGAAGAAGACCAAGAUGCAGCUCGCAUACCGCAUGAUUGAGGCCGACAACCGCGACCUCAUCCUCAUCGGCGCCUCGGCCAUCGAGGAUCGGCUGCAAGAUGGCGUGCCCGAGACCAUCGCCACUCUCCGCAAGGCCGGCAUCAAGAUCUGGGUUCUCACUGGCGACAAGCAGGAUACUGCUAUUCAGAUCGGCUACUCUUGCAACCUGCUCGACCAGGGCAAAGACAUUGUCAUUCUCAACGACGAGGGCGACUCGGAGGCCGACACGGCCAAGUUUAAGAUCGACAAGACGGCGUCCGACGAGGAAAAGCACCGCGCUCGCCUCGCCGCCGUCAAGCGUGCCCAGGAGCGCAUGCUGCCGAUCAUGGAGCAAAAGCUCGCCGAGAUGCGCGAGACGCUCGAGCGCGACCCUGCGUUUGAGUUCCAGUGCGCGGUCGACGGGCACACGCUCGAAGCGCUCCUCGGCGACGCUGGCUCGUCAAGCAACGACGAGCUGACGGCCAAGACAGCCAAGGCCCUGCUCGACCUCACCAUGCAGUGCAAGUCGGUCAUUGGCUGCCGGGUCUCGCCGGCGCAAAAGGCGCAGGUGGUCAACUUUGUCAAGGACAACCUGCAUCCGAUCACGCUCGCCAUUGGCGACGGCGCCAACGACGUGGUCAUGAUCAAGGCCGCCAACAUUGGCGUUGGCAUCUCGGGCCGCGAAGGCCAGCAGGCCUCCAACUCGGCCGACUACGCCUUUGGCCAGUUCCGCUAUCUUAAGCCGCUGCUUCUUGUCCACGGCCACUGGUGCUAUCACCGCAUUGCCAAGCUCAUCCUCUACUCGUUCUACAAGAACAUGGCGCUUGCACUCGUUCCCUUCUGGUUUGUCUUUGUCAACGGCUUCUCUGGCCAGUCGUUUGUGGAAAAGUGGACGUUCUCGCUGUACAACGUGGUUUACACCGCGCUGCCCAUCCUCAUCGUUGGCCUGUUUGACCAGUGCCUCUCACGCGAAGUACUCAACACCUUUCCGCAGCUCUACACCUCGGGCAUCCGCAAGCGCUUCUUCUCUAUCAAGAUGUUUGCCGGCUGGAUCCUCUCGGCUGUUUACCACUCGCUGGUCUUUUUCUUUGUCACCUCAUCAGCCAUCGAGCACGGCAUCUUCAGCGCGGAUGGCCGCACCACCGGUAUCUUUGGCAACGGCGUCAUCAUCAUGGCCGUUGUCGUCCUCACUGUCACCCUCAAGCUCGCGCUGGAGACCAACAACUGGACCGUGCUCAACCUCGCCGCUGUCGGCCUCUCGCUCUUUGGCUUUUUCUUCUGGAUCGCCGUCUUCUCGUUCAUGGGCGAGAUCUCUGAUGACGCAGCUAACAUGCUGGGUGUCGGGACCAAGAUGUACGGAACGGGUGUGUUCUGGUUCACGCUGCUCCUUGUUCCCGUCAUCUGCAUCGUGCCCGACCUGGUGUACAAGUACGCCAAGCGAACGUUCUUUUACGAGCCGUAUGACAUUGUCAACGAGCUCGAGCUUGUCCAUCGCAAGUCAGGCGACGGCCGCUCGUUCAAGGACUUUCUUGCUGCUGCUGCCGAGGCGUCAGGCUCGUCUGUCCAGCUUGGGCAGGCGGAUGGCGACGGACCUGUUGUCGGCGGCUUUGUCUUUGACCCGCCGCCCGGCUCGUUUGAGCAUGCCGUGCUCCACCACGCGCCAUCUGGCCGCGAUCACGCGGAAGAUGCCAACGAGUAAAGCAGUUAUUGGUGUUA